AUGAGAAUACAUCGCUCACCAGGUCCCGAGCGGGUGGGGGCUCGAACUAUCCUUCGUACAGUAACUCGUCUGCUAGCUGCCCGUCUGCCUCCCUCUGGAUCUGCCGCGGCGGACCCCAACCCUCCGCGCUCUGGGUUUGGCACGGUGUGCCAUUUCGAUCUCCCUGCAGCCCUCUGCGCCCGUCAUCUCGAGGGUCUCGACGGCCGUGUCAUUCCCUCGUCUAGCUUGCUCGAUACAGUCACUAGCAACGGUUCUGCGGAGCAUUUGGUAGCCACCAUUGCGACACUCGAGCUCAACCUUUCCGUCCUCGGGGACACCACUCCCUCGCAUUCUCCUGAGGUUACUCCCCAAAGUCUCCUGACUGCCUCCAGGGCCUCUACCUCCUUGGCGGGCAAACCAAACUUCCGUCCGUCGGCCUUCGUUCCGUCACUCGUGAGNNNNCCUCGACACACUGAGUGUAUCAAGCACUAA